AGGGAGUGCGCGAAGCAUGCCCGCAGGCCGAAAAUGCAAUCGUUCCAUGUAUCAAAACCUUGCUCCAGCUCUUGCUUCUCGAGGAGGUACGGAGGCAAGAAAACGAAGGCAUGGGCCGAACGCAGAUGAAUGGACUAUGGCAGACGUUGUAUGAAAAUGUAUAAUAAACGAUCGAUUGAAAACGAGAGGUUUUGAAAAUCUGUCGUCAGAUUUGUCUGGGGUAUGGCGGCGCCCAGGACAGGGGAUGGGGCUGCACAGGGGCAGAAACGUUCACAAUUUUCGCGAAGGUCCCCUUCAAGCUCUCCCGCAAGAUUCUCGGCAGUUCGGGCUCCAUCGCGUUCACCAUCACCUCGCACCAAACGUCUACGAAGAGCUCAAGAAGAAAGGGAUUUGGAAAGGAGCAGAGAUCGGGAUCGUGGAAGGAGUCAUGACAGGGACAAGGGUAGAGACAGGGGCCGUGUUAAAACUAGGGAUAGAGAAGAUGAUGAUAGGACAGUAACUAGGGAGAAAGACAGAGGUAGAGACAGAAUCAGGGGCAAUAGUUGGGAGCAGGAGAGACCCCGAGACAGAAGGGGUAGAGAUAGACAAAGAGACUCCUCACCGGUGCGAUCUCCCUUGCGUUCGCGUCAUGAACGGUCCCUCUCUCCGAAGGAUUCGCGUCAGAGGCGGCCCCCUUCGCCAAGAAGGUCUCCACAUCAUCAGAGGAACUCCAAGCAGGAGCAACACUUGAACACUGGAACCACAACUGCGGCGCGUGACGAGGGUGAUGGUGAUGCAGGGAAAGAUCGAGAUAGGGACAACGAGACUACUCCCAAGCAAGACGACGCCCUCUUAAAAAUGAAGGAAAUAGAAGCGGCUCUGGAGAAGGAGGCCAAAGAAAAGGAGAAACCAUCCUUCGAGUACUCUGGAAAGCUUGCCGCCGAAACUAACAAAGUGAAAGGUGUUACCUUGCAAUUUACGGAACCUCCUGAGGCUCGAAAACCGAGCACACGUUGGCGUCUGUAUGUGUUCAAGGACGGCGAACCUCUGAAUGAUCCUCUGUACAUACAUCGCCAAACUUGUUAUUUGUUCGGGCGCGAGCGAAGAGUUGCUGACAUACCUACAGAUCACCCUUCCUGCAGCAAACAACAUGCCGUUAUACAGUAUAGGUUAACUGAAAAGGAGGAAGCUAGCGGUGCAACAUCCAACAAAGUGAGACCAUACCUUAUGGACCUUGGAAGUACAAAUGGCACAUUCUUGAAUGCUGAGCGUCUUGAAUCUCAACGAUAUUACGAGAUGUUUGAGAAGGAUACUAUUAAGUUCGGUAAUAGCAGUCGUGAGUACGUGCUCCUUCAUGAGCACUCAGCUGGUUAGUAAGGGACUCCAUCCUGCCAAUCAUAUACGAACAAAGAUAUCUACAAAACUGCGGUUGGAACUUGGAAGUCUGUGAGUAACUAAGAAGUCGUUGAGUAGUCAAGAAUCAAUGUGAGGACGAUGAAAGUUACUGCGACGUUACUGCCGCUAAAUGUCAACGGCGGACCGACAGAUGAAGUCCUAUCUUCCAAGUUUCACCGUUUCACGUUCUAAUCGAGUGGUAGUUGAGCUCUUGUCCGACGGAUGCAAGGAACCAUCUAUAAGAGGCAUGUUGUAGUCUGUAGGGUGACAACAGUUCUGCCAUUCUGGCUGUAAUCUAUUCGGUUAUCGCUGGUACCGUCAAUCUGAUCGGUCAUGUGAUCUAUUUUUGAAAUAGUAACGAGAAUCGUGUAUCGGUUAACCAAGGACAGUCAAUUUUGAAGGUCUUCUCACCUGAUCUUUCGUGAACACUGAAGACAGUGUACAUGGGUCAGUCUUGGGUUGAAAAGCAUGUCUCCUUGAUUUAAAGCGUGAUGUGAUCUGCAAUUUACUACGGCUAUCCGUAGAUACAGUACGUGCACCUGCUCAGAAUUUCUUACAUAUCGCAAUUCAUUACAAUGACACUACUAUGUGCGGAUGAAGGGCAUGAGGAAGUUAGACUAAAGAACGGGGACCAGACCUCGAAGGGCCUACGAAGCAUUAGAAGAUAUUUAGUAGAGAGAUGUGGGCUUUCGUUUCUGCCUUCAGAAACCUUCUCUCAACUUUCUAUAACGCCAGAGCGUAAUAUGCAAGGCGACCGAAGAGUCCAUACCUGGGAGGCCAAUCAUAGAGGCCCUGUACCGUGACAGUGAGGAAACCGUUGCACUAGAGCUGUCAGCGAGCAGGACGAGAACCGUUGUGUUGGGAAUAUAAGUCGAGCUAGAACCGAAGGGAGAAGAAGAGCAGAGUGCUGCUAUCCCAGAGCAGUAGACUGCUGGCAAGUCCGGGGACGGGUAAAGGAGGCAGAAUUGAAUGAUGAGAAUGCGACGUCUGUAAUUAUUGCGGCCAAACUUCGUGGAUAUGUCCGUGUUGGUGAAUACAGGACUAGUUUGGUUAUCAUUUAAGUGGAAAUCUCUCAAUGAAAAAAGGUCUAGGGUGAAAGUAUUACACAUAGACCAACGAUGGAUGCAGCCAAUAAAGAAGACAUAAAGUGUCUACGGUGAUUUCUGGUUGCAUGUUUGAGAGCAUGAUGCGUUAGCCAUCAGAACAAGAAUGUGGCUAAGAAACUCCAUGAGCGAG